UCUUUGACUUGCUUGACAGAUUUUAUUGACGUUAAUUCUUGAAAAUUUGAGAAUUUUCCUUGGGAUUACUCGUCGAUUCCGUCGUAAAGUGCUAAAAAAAGAGUAUUAGAAACAUCUAAAAUGCAGGGCCUUAGCAUCCAGAGCUUGAAGAAGCACAAGGCUUUGAUCCCGCUGUACGUGUGCACGGCGCUGGGCUGCGGCGGCGCUGUGUUCUACCUGGCGCGCCUGGCGCUGCGCUCGCCCGACGUCUCCUGGCAGAAGCACGCCAACCCCGAGCCCUGGGAGGAGUACAGGAACAAGCAGUACAAGUUCAUGGCCACCCGCGACUACUCUGAGGGUUCCCCGGCUCCCAAAUUUUAAGUUGCCUGCUUAAGAUAUGUACUCUCGUUAAUCAAAAACUCUGUGAAGUAUAGAACAUUAAUUUAAUAAAUAGUGAUUAUGUGAUAACUUAA